AUUUAUACCUCCAGGUGUCUCAUAAAACAGCAUAGUCUCAGAUUCUUUUAGGAGCUCCUCAUCAGGAGUUUAAGGAUCACAUUUUCUUUGCGCACACACACACCAACAUCUGAGGAGGAGGAGGAAAAAGGUCAUCAAAAAUGCCCGACAACCUUUGUUGUACAUGGGACAUGAUCAGCAAUGUCAACCUUGAGGGCUUCAUGGUCGCACUGGGUAUCAGCCCUCAGUUGCGCAAGAUUGCUCUGAAGUUGAAGCAGAGGAAGGUGAUUGAGCAGCAGGGGGACCAGUACAUCAUCAAAACUACCAGCCCCUUCCGAAACUACACCAUCUCCUUUAGAGUGGGUCAGGAGUUUGAGGAGUUUACCAAGGGACUGGACGACAGACGCGUCAAGUCACUGGUGACAUGGGAGGGGAACAAACUGGUGUGUGAACAGAUUGGAGAGAAGAGGGACCGGGGUUGGGCUCACUGGAUUGAAGAUGACAAGCUACAUCUGGAGCUGUACUGUGAAGGACAAGUCUGUAAACAGGUUUUUAAGAAGAAAGAAGUGAAGUGAAGCGCAAUGAACAUUUUUCUGUGAAGUUACUCUGUGCUGAAAGGCAUCAUGUGAUCGACCACUCUAAACCCUAAAACCACACUAAAAGUUAAUGUGUCAUUUUCUCUGUAAUGUGACUUCACAUUAGAAAAUGUCUUUCCCGUCAGGGUUGGGAUUUACACCGCUAGAUGGCAUCACUGCAUUACUUUUGGCAGAUAACAUCGAAGGUUACUUUCAGCUGAGAAAAGAAAAAUGUUCAUGCAGGCUCUGUUUUGUGCAAACAUUUUGUUUCCUUCUAAUCUCUAUUGUCUGAUUUGACAAAUUUGAGUUACCACAUGUUCUUUGCUCCGGCUUGUGCUGUCCUGACAUUCCCUUGUAGAUACAUUUAUACUCAAUGUACAGAAACUGAGGCGUAGUAUAUUUGGAAUACAGAUGUAUAUGAAUUAUGUAUAAUACAGUGUUUUUUGCAAGAA